UUAUGUGCCAUCGAGAUCAUUUUUAGGACGCUCGUGCAGGAAUACGAUCAUGGACAAUUUACAAAAGCAGGUUGUAUUGCUCCUUGGAUCACUUUCUGUGGUCCAAUGUUUUAUUCUCACAACCGGCCCAGAGUGUUUCCAAUCCUGCUACUGUAGACAAGGUAUGAUAGACUGCAGAAACCGUAACCUUGACAACGUUCCAAACUUUGACGUCACACCGGAAAUUGCGUCAGCUUUGUUGACGAAUGACAGAGUCUUGAAAGUCCAGCUCGAUAGAAAUAAUAUACAGACUAUUGGCAGUCAAGCAUUCACAAACUUGACCUCUGUGAAUGCACGCUACUUUUUCUUCUAUUUGGGCAAUAAUCGCAUUUCUGAUAUUGACAUUGCAGCUUUCAAGAGUUUUGAAAGUAAAGUGCUUCAGGUGUUUUUACAAAAUAACAGAUUGGUACAAGUUCCGAAUGAAAUUACCCAGUUGCUUGUCACCAAUUUAGACCUGUCUGGCAACCCUCUAACAAACUUCGAUGCUCUCGCCGACAAGAGCAUCUAUCAAAUGACUUUAGGCCUGGGUUCGGUGUCUACAUGGCCACAGUCUUUGUCGAAUACCACCGUGACUCAAUCGUUCCAAGUUCAAGGUUACGAUGCCAAUGCUCUGAACGGUUUCAUUCGCUCGUCAUCACUUAAAACGUUGAUUUUAGCAGAAACAAAUCUUGUCAAUCUGAGCUAUUUAAACUGUGAGAAGUCCUUCAACUUUUCAUCUCUUUCGGACAUGUUCCUUCGAAACAAUGAGCGAUUAGAUGUUGACUCCCUCUUUCAAUGUAACGGAACCUUACACCUUCAGCAAAUCUCGAUCCGAGGAUCACACCUUCAAUCCAUCCCCUUUGGUCUCUCUCGGUUGGGCAGCUUGUUGAAAAUAGACCUCUCAAACAACAGUAUAACAACUAUCGGCGACUCGGAUCUGAAAGGUCUGGUCAAUCUCGAACAACUCUUCAUAUCUCACAACCCGAUAGAGUCAAUAUCGCUCCACGCCUUCGACAACAACGUUCAUCUAAGCACCGUCCAGUUUCUCGAUACGGCUUUAUCAACGUUUCCACUCGCCGUUACCUCGCUACAAAGUCGUCCCCUCAACCUGGCGUUUACGUACCCCAUGUACGUGCAGUGCCGAUGUGACGUCCUAUCCGAUCUUGCCCAAAUAAACGGGACGAAGACACUCAACAGGAUAUAUUGUAUAUCACAGGCAACGAUCGACGUCCCGACGGCGUUUGAUGACAUUCUUUCGAAGUGCCCAUGAUAGUGUUUUUUUCGUGAUGUGUUGAAUAGCUUUUUCCAAUGUCUGUGCCAUUUUCAUAAGAAACUUGUCUAUGAUUUACGGGAUUUAGUGAUGUUUUGUUUAAUAAUUGUACAUACAAUUAAUGGGCAUUAAUCUGUCUAUUUAAAUACACGUAUAAAAUCGCUGUAACCCUGAUAUUUCUAUUUGUAAUAUCUUAAC